UGAUAAGAGAUAGAAAGAUAGAAAUAGGUGUGUAGUCUAGAGAGAGAAAGAGAGGUUUGUAGAGAGAGAGAGAGAGAGUAUGGAAGUGAAUUCAAGAAAGAAAGAAGAUGAUGAAUUUCAUAUUAUCCAUAAAGUUCCAUAUGGUGAUGGUCCUUAUGUCAAAGCUAAACAUGCACAGCUUGUGGAAAGGGAUCAAGAGGGUGCAAUAGUAUGGUUUUGGAAGGCAAUAAAUGCAGGAGAUAGAGUAGAGAGUGCCUUAAAAGACAUGGCAGUUGUCAUGAAGCAAUUGGACAGAACUGAAGAAGCCAUUGAAGCUGUCAAGUCUUUUAGAGGACUCUGUCCCAAAACUGCCCAAGAAUCUCUUGAUAAUGUCCUCCUUGAUUUGUUUAAGAAAUGUGGGAAAGUGGAUGAACAAAUAGGGUUGUUAAAGCAAAAGCUUAGGAUGAUUUACAGAGGAGAAGCUUUUAACGGAAGACCAACAAAGACUGCUCGAUCUCAUGGCAAGAAGUUCCAAGUCUCGGUCAAACAAGAAACGUCCAGGAUUCUGGGGAACUUGGGCUGGGCCUACAUGCAAAAAUCCAACUUCAUGGCAGCAGAGGUGGUCUACAAGAAAGCCCAAAUGAUUGACCCAGAUGCAAAUAAGGCCUGUAAUUUGGGCCUUUGUCUAAUGAAGCAGGCCCGAUAUGACGAAGCCCGUUCGGUCCUUAGAAAUGUCGUCAACCGUGAGCUUCCAGGAGCUGAAGACAUCAGGACCAUCAACAGGGCUCGGGAACUGUUGACGGAGGCGGAAAUGUGGCGGCCACCGGCGGGGUUGUUGCCGGACCUCCCUGGACUGGACUUAGAUGAUGACUUUGUUAAUGGGCUUGAAAAGUUGAUGAAUGUAUGGGCCCCCAAUAGAUCAAAAAGGCUUCCCAUAUUUGAACAAAUAGAAAAUUUUAGAGACCAAUUAGCUUGUUAAAAUAUUAAUUUUUUAUUUAUUAUUUUCUUGUUUUUAAAAUAUGUGAAAUAAAUAAAAUAGUAUUUGUAUAAAUUUUUGAUAAUAAGUUGUUUAAUUAUUCUAUCAA